AUGGCACAAUACGACGAUUAUGGAGCAUUAUACACAAAACUGAAGAAUAGGCCGAUUCCAAUCAUGCAGAACAGGUAUGCUAGCACAGCUAUGAAUGAUCUUAGCGGGUUAAGGGUUCUAGAUGCAGCUUGUGGGACAGGCUUCUACUCUCAAAUGAUGGCCCGUCAAGGAGCUGCUGAAGUUAUCGGAAUCGACGUCUCGCCUGGUAUGAUUGAAAAUGCAAAGAAAGAACUUCCUAUUCAGUUGGAAGAUGGCCCCAUCAGAUACUUCGUCGGAGAUUUCGAGCAGGCAGAUCUUUUCCAAAACCUUGGCUUGGAUAGAUUGAGAGGGACUUUUGACAUGGUGUUUGCUGCGUGGCUACUUAACUAUGCUGCUGAUUGGCAGCAUUUAACGAGGAUGCUGAACAACAUAUUCGAUGCGCUGAAGCCAGGAGGAAAACUUAUCGCUUUAACACCAAAUCCAUUUUUACUUCAAGAGCAUGGACCGGAAAUGACGAUAGAAGAAGGCCGAAUUGGCGACAGGUGGCAAGUCACCGAAACUUAUGAAUAUGGCUUCAAGGUCCAUAUGAUAGUAAAUGCUUCACCUUGUGUCGAGUUUGAUUCAUACGUUUUGUAUGUGUCGGAAUACGAAAAAGCUGUUGCAGCUGCAGGAUUCACGUGUCUGUCUUGGGAUGUUGGUACGUAG